CAUAAAUUUGUUAUUUAUUUAUUUUGUACAAAAUCGUUCAAUUGUUCGUUAGAUAUUUUUAUUAGCUUUUAAUCAAUAACCUAAGUUUCCUCUAAAUUACAUUUUCCAUAUAUUUCACGAGUCCCGGCGGUACUAAACAAAAUUAUCAUCAAUGAUUUCUGCUGCAAGAUCGACCAUGAUCGAAACACAACGUUGUUUUCUGAAGUUCAUUGGAAAAUGUACAUCACGCCGUCACUGUCGAAGUAUUUCGAAAAUGCCGACUGACGAUGGGAAAGUCAAGAACAAAGAGUGCAGCGAAAAUGACCAAAAUCCAGAAUCAGCAUCAGACUCCAAUGACACGAAGAAUUCCAAAUUCAAGGAGUACGAUUGCUUUUUGCCAGAUCGAAAAGGUGACGUACAAGUUUGUAUAAUCGGAGGAGGCGAGACAUCGAUUUACACGGCUGUUCUUUUAAAACAAUCUCGAAUGAUAAAACACGUGCAUCUGGUGGACGCACAAAACUCGAUGGCUGGUGCAGUUUUGGAUGCAAGUCAUAUCGACACGUCUACCCGUAUAAAGUACUUUAAGAGGAAGAAUAUAAAACAUGCCCUCAAGGAAACGAAUAUUAUCGCGCUGAUGGAUGAAAGGGAUCCAAAUACGAUGGAUUCAAAUUUUCCUGCUCAGUUUGAGGCUCUGACGGCGUACACGUGCGAAAUGGCCGAGCAAAUGGUAACAGUCAGCUCGGACGCUUUGGUAGCCGUUUUUGCUCGACCAGUCACAACAACGCUUCCAAUGGUCUCCGAGAUCUAUAAACUCGCCGGAUGGUGGGAUCCAGACAGGAUCAUCGGCUCCACCUCUCACGAACGCAUGCGAAUGGAGGCAACGACUGCCAAUCUCCUAAAUCUGAAUCCUGCAUUCCUAUCAAUCCCCAUGGUCGGUGGGGCAGAUCCGUAUACCAUUGUUCCGCUUUUAUCGCAAGCUUGUCCAAUCAAUCGAUUCACCAAUGUAUGAAAAUACAGUCAUCCAGAUUAGAUUAUACUUCCGCUUUCCAAGAAAUAUUGACUGUAUAAUAUUGAUCAUAUAAUACGCGAUAAGAUUGGAACGUACAUUCUUGAGUACUUAUUAAUCACUUGACGGGUUUUGUUUCUGUACGGAACACGAUUCUUUAAUGUAGAGCAGUGUUUCUCAAACGUCACCUUUCCAUGGACCUAAUUUUUAUACAGUCUACCUUGUAUUACAUGCUUUUAUUUUCUGGGCACCCUCGCGGACCACAGUUUGAGAACCACUGACGCAGUUGAUUCCGUCAGCGGUUAUUUUCCCAGAUAUUAUGUCAAUAUUUCCUCGAUUCAUCUUUACACAAAGUUGAUCAAAUUUCUGAUGUAACGAAGUAUUAUGCGUAGA